AUGAGCAACGAGGAGAACGAGGUGAAACCGUGGAAAGUUAGGUAACCCGAAUUUUUCGUCUAAAAAUCAAUAAAUUUCUCAAUUUUUCCAUAAUUUUAGGCCAAAAACUUUUUGAAAAUCAAUUUCAGGUGUCUUCUAACGAUCGGCGGACUCUUCGGCGCUCAUCGACUUUAUCUGCGACAAAUUCCCGAAUCGUUCGUCUUCUUCUCCACACUCGGCGUCUUUUUGAUCGGUUCGUUUCGAGCGAAAUGCGCUCUACCGAACAAAAAAAUGUUGUGCAGGAUGGCUCUACGACAGUUUCAUGUUCCGAUACGAAGUGGAAGAGUACAAUAGAGCGAUCAGGGACAGCGAUGGAGACCAAGAAAAGGAAAAGUACAAGUGAGUUGAAUUGCCGUAUGUUGCAAGUGCGCUCCAUUGAGCAUUGGAGCAUUGGAGCGCACUUGCGUUCACCACAAUUUCACAGUUUGAAUUGAAUGUUGCAGAAAAGGAAAACUGCAGGCGGCGCAGUCGAAAUUCGUCGGCUUUUCGUUCACCCGCUUCGUCUACUCGGUCUUUUACGGGUCGUACGUGGGCGUGGCCACGUGGCUCGCGUGUACGGUCACUUUCGGCUGGACGGACAUCGACUCGCUCCUUUUCAUCGCCGUUCUCGCCGUCGGUGUCACCUUUGGUAGCGGGUUUUUGAAAGUGUUUCUUUAAAAACAAGCUAUUUCAGGAGUGUACAUAAUCGGUCAGUGCGGCGGACAGAGCCGCGAGCUCAGCUACAUUUGGCUUGCCGCAUUCUCUUCCAUGUUCAUUAUGGUUAGUCAUGGAGUCUCUCCCAAUACUGAUACUUCAAAAUGCGAUAUCUCAGCUGUUUGUGAAGAUGUCAAAAAGUGGUCAACUGAAAAAAUGUAUAAAAUGUCUUAAUGAACAAUUUAUUCGUUGACAACUUUCUGGUAUCUCAACCGUCAACUGACCUACAUCGUUUUGAAUUGAAUGAACGGUUUUGGAGGGAUACGGUACAAUUCCAGCAUUCAAUUUCAGGUUCGUCUAGCCCAAACUACAGUAUUCCGUGCCAUUUUCUUCACCGCCAUCGUCUCCACAGUAAUCGGAAAUCGGAGUGCGAAAACGAAGAGGAGAAGACACACCUGGAAGCAUUUUGUGGUUAGCGACAAUUUUCAUCUGAACUUUUGACCAGAGUUGAGCGGAAGAGCUCAACGGAAGAACACGGAAGAAUUUUUAUAUUUUUUAGAAAAAUUUUUCAUGGAAUGUGAUCAACAGACGAAAUGUAUAGCAAAGUGAACUGUGCUCCUAAAAAAAUAAUUGUAAAUUUAGCUUUUCAUACAAAAAAGUUAUUCGAGUUGUUGCGUAAAAAUGUCCUUCCGUGCUCUUCCGUUGAGUUCUUCCGCUCAACUCUGCUUUUGACCCUGUUGCAAUUUUUUCUAUCGGACCUAAACUCGGCACGCUUAAUCGGUCUGAAACUUGGACUCAAUAUAUGUCGAUUCAAGUCGAAGAAGCGCGCCGAGUUUGGGUCCGAUCCAACAAUUGGAACAGGGUCAAAAAUUCAAUUAUUUUGCAGUUCUGGUCCUCCCUCUACCUGAUGCUCAUUUGUGUGAUUCUGCUCGGAUGCUCCAGAAAAGUAGCUGAUAAACAGGUGACAGCCACCCGUCCGGGCACUUUUCGAGAAACGACAUCGGUCGGAAGCCUCCUCAGAGAUCGCAUUUUCGAUCCAAAAAAAGUGCAUAGGUUAGGGGGUUUUGUAAAAAAAAAAUGCGUGUUACUCUUUGAUUUCCAGUUUCUUCGCGGACAGUCCGCUCAUCGAAUACCAUUCGAAAUCGGACCAGAACGCGAAGAAAGCGCCGAAAAAGACGGGCAAAUUGCCGUUUUGGCAGCAAGUUUGGAGCGGAGAACUGUUCGACGAGCUCACCGGCGCCGCCCAUCUCACCAAAAUCGAUUGGGUAAAAAAUUUGGAGGAAAAGGGUCUUAUCGCUAAAAACGUACAAUUUUGCAGAUCGAAUUAUUAACGACGUUCAUAGUGGACGUUUUGCGCGCGGAAGCACGUGUCAUCGACCGAAUCACGACUGUCGAACCGUUCAAAUGGGCCCUCUGGCGGAGUUAUCUCAUUCAUGUAAGUACGCAAAUCUCCUCUUUUAUGCAAAAAACCUGUAAAAACAUACUUUUUACGAGAAAAUCGAUAAUUUGCAGCGCUUCUCCCUGGAUCCGCUGAUUUCCGACGACCGCAUCCGCUCCGAGUGCCGAAAAUGGCUGAAAACGGACAGAGAAGCGGCGAAAAACGAGAAGACCGGACGGGAUUUCAGUGUUUUGGCCGCGCGACAGGCAUGCACCACCUUCCAGUUAUAA